AUGAACAUCGACGACUGGGCAGACGGUGCGGACGAUGCGCGCGAGGCUGUCGACGGAGAGGCUGACGCGGCCAACAUGGUCGAUGUGGAUGAGGCAGCGGUAGUGACGGCCUGGUCAGACAUGGACACGGACGAGAUCGGGUCGUGCAGCUCGGACGAACUGUACGAGCGACGGCCGAAUCGGUGGCACGGAUCGGCGAAAGCAUGGCGACGGAUGACGGCGCAGGAUCGAGCCCGGAUCGGGAGGCCGAGCGAGCCGCUGGAGGAGGAGCUGACCGCGACGAUCCUGCGGCUGGCCAAGGAGCGCUUCCGGCGACGGGUGUGGGCAGGGCCUGAAGCGGAGGAAGAGGCUGGCCGCAGCGAGGACGAGGGGGACCGCGACGAUGACGGUGGCGACGAGACGUCCAGAGCGAGGCAGACGCACAAGCGACGGCGUCCUGACGUGGCGACUGUCUCGGCGACCGUCUCGUCUGACGAUGUGCUCUCGGCAGCACUGCUGCGACCAUCCGUGCGUCACGUGAUAUCCCAAGUAGACCGCGCGUUGUUGGUGCUACACAACGGCCGAGCCGUCGGGAUGCGGGGGCCGCUGGCAGACGCGUCAGACGACUCGUCGGGGGGAGAAGAGGAGGAAGCAGGAUCCGCUGCUCGCUCUCCCCGGGACAGCACGACCGGCCGCGUUGGGCCUCCACCGCUUCACCCGGCAUGGCGGCCGAUGACGGCAACCAGCAUCGACGCGUCACAGGCGAGACUCAUGAGCCGGUGGCGACCGCGCGACUGGAGCGACGUGCUGGGGGCGGCGGCGCUGGCCGGUUUCGAGGCAGACGUGGUGGCGCGAACGGCACAGCGGUGCGCCGACCUCUUCGGCCAGAGCAUGGCGCUGGAUACGCUGGGAGGGGAAGAGGGGGAGAGAGGGGGGGUGGUCGGAAAGAAGAAACGACAGCCUGGCCGGACGGCUCAUCGGCGGACGGUCUACAGGCCUCGGCCAGAGGAGACCAUAACAGCAGACGGCCAGCCACCACCACCGCUCGUCGUCUAUGUGCCCGCACGCAAGACCGAGUACGAGCCGAUCUGCUGUCCGAUUGCCGACUGUCCCCGGGCUGACGAAGGCUUUGCCCGCCGCACCAACCUCGUCCGGCAUCUGCGUAUCGUGCACGGGGCCAUCGCGACAGCCAAGAAGGAGGAGGCCACGAUGGAGGAGUGA